CAAACAAGGGAACCUGCAUUCCUCCUCCCCGCUUAUUAUUCAAUUGAUAUAAACAUCUGCCAGAACAACGACACUCACACACACCUCUUCCCAUUCCCGACCAACAACUUACAUCUAACCCAACUCCGCUACGUCGGCACCCUCUGCUGCGGCGAUAAAGUUGGAUUUUCACUCAAGCAUCGGAGCCGACGUCCCUCUGCAUCGACGACAACUCUGUCUGCUCAUCUUGCCGUUGGACGGCUUCAUUUUCUGUCGCCAUGGCGUCGUCGUCUUCUUCGCCGCCAGUGCCGCAGGCCGAUGCCUUCCCCGAUGGCACCACUGAUUACGUUCCGGUACGGAAAAAGGCGUACGACAUCCGCAAACCUCACAUCACGGAGUUGCCCAUCACAUGGAGCAACUGGUACCAGCACGUCAACUGGCUGAACACGACCUUCAUAAUCUUCAUUCCUCUGGCUGGCCUGAUUUCGUCGUACUGGGUUCCUCUGCGGUGGGAGACGGCCGUUUUCGCUGUGGCCUACUAUUUCUUUGCUGGUCUCGGAAUCACUGCCGGUUACCAUCGCCUGUGGGCCCAUACUAGCUACAAGGCCACUCUCCCUCUCAAGAUCUUCCUUGCUGCCGGCGGCGCCGCUGCCGUCGAGGGUAGCGCUCGGUGGUGGUCCAGCCUUCAUCGCUCGCACCACCGCUACACCGACACCGACAAGGAUCCCUACUCCGUCCGGAAGGGUCUGCUCUACAGCCACAUUGGGUGGAUGGUCAUGAAGCAGAACCCUCGUCGCAUUGGCCGCACCGAUAUUACCGACCUGAACGAUGACCCCGUUGUGGUCUGGCAGCACCGCAACUACAUCAAGUCUGUCAUUACCAUGGCCUUGAUUGUGCCUACCCUCGUCUGCGGGUUUGGUUGGGGUGACUUCCUGGGCGGCAUCAUCUACGGGGGCAUUCUGAGGAUCUUCUUCAUUCAACAAGCCACCUUCUGCGUCAACAGCUUGGCCCACUGGCUCGGCGACCAGCCCUUCGAUGACCGCAACUCGCCGAGGGACCACGUCAUCACCGCUCUGGUCACCCUUGGCGAGGGCUACCACAACUUCCACCACGAGUUCCCGAGCGAUUUCCGCAACGCGAUUGAGUGGUGGCAGUACGACCCGACCAAGUGGUUCAUCUGGACCAUGAAGCAGCUCGGUCUUGCUUACAACCUCAAGACUUUCCCUCAGAACGAGAUCGAGAAGGGCCGUGUGCAGCAGCUGCAGAAGAAGCUCGACCAAAAGCGCGCCACCCUGGACUGGGGUAUCCCUCUCGAGUCUCUGCCUGUCAUCAGCUGGGACGACUUCGUUGAGCAGAGCAAGAACGGCAAGGCUUGGGUUGCCGUUGCUGGUGUUAUCCACGACGUCGGCAAGUUCAUUGCCGACCACCCCGGUGGCAAGGCCCUGAUCUCGUCGGCCAUCGGCAAGGACGCCACUGCCGUCUUCAACGGCGGUGUCUACAACCACUCCAACGCCGCCCACAACCUCCUCUCGACCAUGAGGUGCGGCGUGUUGCGCGGCGGCUGCGAGGUUGAAAUCUGGAAGCGCGCCCAAGCCGAGAACAAGGAUGUUGCUGCCGUCACCGACUCCUCGGGCAACCGCAUCGUUCGGGCCGGCGACCAGGUCACACGUGUUCCUGUCCCCGUUGCCACCGCCGAUGCCGCGUAAACAACUGAGAUACGCGUUGCUGUAUCUGCGGUAACCACAUCUGGCCGAUUGAUAUCGGCAGACGCCGGUUGAUGGAUUGGGAGAUUUCCCUCACCUCACUAAUUAGACGAUUAUGGAGCGCAUGCCUCUUGCUUACUCAUGAUAAAAAUGUUCUUAGGCGUUAUGGAAGGAAGGGGGAUUGGGGUCAAGGAGAGUAUUCAUCCAAGGCGCAGUGUGGUCAUUGGCAUGGUUUUACAUAUGUCACGAUGAAACUCGAGCAAUGCAAAAGUGGAAUUCAAAGC